CCCUCGCCCGCCAUGCCCUCGACGCCCAUAUACGACGCCACGCUCGCGCUGCUGCCCGCCUCGCUGCGCGCCGCGCCGCUCGCGCUCUACAGCUGGCAGCCCGGCGCGACGCCGCUCAGCACGGCCACCGGCGCCGCGGCCACCAUCGCCGCCUGGCUGGCGCUCAUCUUUGGCGGGCGCGAGGCGAUGCGCUCGCGCGACGCCUUCUCCAAGAGCCUCAAGUGGCCCUUCUUCGUGCACAACGUGCUCCUCUCGGCAGGCAGCGGCCUGCUGCUGGCGCUCAUGCUCGAGGAGAUCCUGCCCAUCUGGCGGCGCAACGGCUUCUUCUACGCCAUCUGCGGCGAGGGUGCUUGGACGUCGCACCUGGAGACGUUCUACAUUAUCAACUACUACUUCAAGUACUAUGAGCUCGUCGACACCGUCUUCCUGGUGCUGAAGAAGAAGCCGCUUGCGUUCCUGCAUGUGUACCACCACUCGGCCACGGCGCUGCUGUGCUUCUCGCAGCUGCACGGCAAGACGUCCGUGUCGUGGGUGGUCAUCUGCCUCAAUCUCUUCGUGCACCUCAUCAUGUACGCAUACUACGCCCUCACUGCCAUCAAGGUCCGCUGCCCGUGGAAGCGCAUCGUCACGACGACGCAGAUCAUCCAGUUCGUGCUCGACCUCGGCGUCGUCUUCUUCGCCAGCUUCACGCACUUCGCAUACAAGCGCUUCGGCAAGACGCGCUUCACGUGUGGCGACUGCGCGGGCAAGGAGUACGCAGCCAUUGCGGGCUGCGCCGUGCUGAGCUCGUACCUGUUCCUCUUCAUUGCCUUCUACCAGCGCACGUACUCCAAGGCCAAGGCGCAGAAGAGCGCCGCGGCCAAGCGCGAGAAGCAGGCGUCGCUGAAGGCACAGUAAAGGCUGGCCGGCCGCUGCAGCUUCACUGGACCGCCUCAAGCGCGGCCGAGACGUAUGUCUGCCGAGCGCAGCCCGACGCCCGCUUCGUCGCCUCGGCGCGGAGUCUCGGGCUCAGUCAGGCCUAUCUCUAGCCUCCAUGCUGCCGCCAUGCAGGCGCAUCGCUUCUCUCUUUACCGUCUAGCAACCCCACCUAGAUCUGCUCUCCUGUAUUCUGCCCACUUCCUUCUUCUCCUACACACACGCACAUCGCACCUCUCAAAAGCACAAAUCCAGGGAUCAUAGAUUUGCACCGCU